GCCGCGCCCGGGCACAUGGCGUCCAUCUUACUGAGGAGCUGCCGCGGCCGGGGGCCCGCCCGCCUCCCGCCGCCCCGCGCCGCCGCGCCGAGGGGCAGUCUGGGGGACCGUGCUUGUCUCAGUUGUACCAACACCGUGGGGCUGAUAAGCCAUGUGAAUGUUAAAUGUGGAUGCUGCCCUCCUGUCCACCCUGUCUUCGUCCCCUGCAAGAGCAGUCAUUUCAGCUGUUGGACUCUGAGGCCAGAGCGUGCGUGCACAGGGGCGAGAGCACCAUGGGCCCCAGUCUCAGCGGGGCUGGUUUUCACGGGACCGUGGUCCCUUCCGGUGCGCUGCUGGCAUUCAUCACACCCGCUGUGGGAUGACUCCAUCGUGGAGAAGUCUCUCAAGUCCUUGAAGGACAAGAACAAGAAGCUAGAGGAGGGCGGCCCUGUGUACAGCCCACCUGUGGAGGUGGUGGUGAAGAAGUCCAUCGGGCAGAGAGUUCUGGAUGAGCUGAAGCACUACUACCACGGCUUCCGCUUGCUCUGGAUCGACACCAAGAUUGCUGCGCGCAUGCUGUGGCGAAUCCUGCACGGCCACACCCUGACACGCAGGGAGCGGAGGCAGUUUCUCCGGAUAUGUGCCGACCUCUUCCGCCUGGUCCCAUUCCUGGUCUUCGUGGUGGUGCCCUUCAUGGAGUUCCUGCUUCCUGUGGCCGUGAAGCUGUUCCCCAACAUGUUGCCGUCCACGUUUGAGACCCAGUCCGUCAAGGAGGAGAAGAUGAAGAAGGAGCUGCGGGUCAAGCUUGAGCUGGCCAAGUUUCUCCAGGACACCAUUGAGGAGAUGGCCUUGAAAAACAAAGCAGCCAAAGGAAAUGCCACCAAAGACUUCUCGGCGUUCUUCCAGAAGAUCCGAGAGACGGGGGAGAGACCCAGCAACGAGGAAAUCCUACGUUUCUCCAAGUUAUUUGAAGACGAGCUGACCCUGGACAACCUCACGCGGCCGCAGCUGGUGGCGCUGUGUAAACUGCUGGAGCUGCAGUCCAUCGGCACCAACAACUUCCUGCGUUUUCAGCUCAUCAUGAGGCUGCGUUCCAUCAAAGUCGACGACAAGCUGAUUGCUGAGGAAGGGGUGGACAGUCUCAAUGUCAAGGAGCUACAGGCAGCCUGCCGGGCCAGAGGCAUGCGGGCACUCGGCGUCACCGAGGACCGGCUCAAGGAGCAGCUGAAGCAGUGGCUGGACCUGCACCUGAACCAGGAGAUCCCCACAUCGCUGCUGAUCUUGUCCCGGGCCAUGUACCUCCCUGACACCCUCUCGCCCGCUGACCAGCUCAAGUCCACAUUGCAGACCCUCCCGGAGAUUGUGGCGAAGGAGGCCCAGGUGAAGGCGGCCCAAGUGGAGGGCGAGCAGGUGGACAACAAAGCAAAGCUGGAGGCCACACUGCGGGAGGAGGAGGCCAUCCGGCAGGAGCACAAGGAGAAGGAGCUGCAGAAGCACGCAGAGGCAGCGAAAGUUGAGCCGGAAGUGGUGGCAGAUGUCCCCCCUGGGAGGCCUGUGGCAGAGCCGCAGCCCGAGGUGGCCGACUUGAUCUUGCCGUCCGAGGUGCUGAAGGACACCGCCCCUGUCUUGGAAGGCGUGAAGGGAGAGGAAAUCACUAAGGAGGAAAUUGACAUACUCAGCGAUGCCUGUUCUAAGCUGAAGGAGCAGAAGAAGUCACUGACCAAGGAGAAGGAGGAGCUGGAGCUGCUGAAGGAGGAUGUGCAGGACUACAGCGAGGAUUUGCAAGAGAUCAAGAAAGAACUCUCAAAGACUGGCGAAGAAAAAUUAGUCGAGGAGUCUAAAGCCAGCAAGAGACUGACCAAGAGGGUGCAGCAGAUGAUUGGGCAGAUCGACGAGAUGAUCGCCCAGCUGGAGACGGAGCAGAAGGCCGGCAAGCUGGACCCUGGCCAGGCUACUGCCGCGGGGUCCCUGCUCAUGGAAGCCUUCCUCCAUCCCCAGAUGAGGGAGAACGUCAUCAGCAUCACUGAGCUCAUCAGUGCCAUGAAGCAAGUUAAGCAUAUUCCAGAAAGCAAGCUGCUGCGCUUGGCCUCAGCGCUGGAUGAGAACAAAGACGGCAGGAUCGACAUUGACGACCUCGCCAAGGUAAUCGAGCUGAUCGACAAGGAGGACAUUCACAUCUCCACCAGCCAGGUGACCGAGAUUAUGACGAUGCUAGAGAAGGAGGAGAAGGUGGAGGAGAAGGAGAAGGCCAAGGAGAAGGCUGAGAAGGAAGCUGCUGAAGUGAAGAACUAGAUGUGGGUGCCACUCGCUCUGGGGCGUGUGGCCUGCGCGUCUGUCACCAUCCUUUCUGCACGGCACUGGCCAUGAUGGUGACAGGUCAGAGGUGGUUCUUAGUGGCAAGUCUAGUAUUUUUUUCCUGGAAUAAAUCAGAGACUUCUGUAAUCAGGUAAAUUCUAAUUUCCAUCAUUCCAUGAAGAUUCCGUCAGCCUGGACCCCCCACACCCUCCCAGGGAAGCAUGUUUGGAUCCACGCCUGGAGGGGUGCUGCAGUGACCCCAACCCGGUGGCGGAGUGGGCAACCUGCCAGCGGCUCUGGUCACAGCCACACACAGACCCCCAGCUCUGAGGCCGGCACAGGGCAGGCCGGAGCUGGACAGCUUCCCUGACAGAGGCAUUUGAGUAGAAAUUCUGUAAAAACAAAAACAAAGCCCUUCUCAGCUCUGAAGAAGAUACUUAAAUGAGUCUGUGGACUUUUGAUUCCUGAAUGUCCAUGUAAAUAAGAUCUGUUCGUACAUGUUUUCAAAGUCGUGCCCAUGUGAGGAACAAGCAACGGGUCCGUUCGUCUCAUGGCCGCCAGACGGUAACAUUCGCACCCUGACCAUUAAGCUUAUGUUCCAGGGUUCCCCUUUCUUUCCUGUUGGUCUCCACCUCCUUCUUCAACCAGUGAACUAACGGUCCGCUUGACUCCUGAGUGCCUAAUGAAAUCAUGCUGUGAGAUACUAAUGAAGCCCUGGGUAAUUAAGCAUUUCCUGUUUGAGUGAUUUAUCAUGUGAUGGUUUUCACAGAUCUUCUUAAUGUCAACUGCGGGUGUUCUUUGUGACCGUGGGGAGGGGGUGGACAGACGCUGUGUGGGGCCCUGAGCGGACACCCCUGUGUCGCCUCACGGCCUCAGCACCUCAAGUUCCACUCCCUAGCUCAGCGGCACUUCUUAGUCAAAGCCCACUUUUGGCUUCUGUGGUUUCUCCUGUAAAAUUUAGGUAGUGCACGCUCUGAGGAGAGGGAGCGGGAUGGCAGGUUUGCCAUUCCUCAGGGCUUGGCAGGCCAGGGCCCUCAGCUCCUUGAGAACAAGUAGGCUGCUGUCGUCACACUCCUGGUUACCAAGUAGCAUGAUGUCACUGCGUGAUGAAUAGUGAGAAGUGGCAUCCUGAGGGCAACCAGAUGUCUCAGAGCCACUAAGUGUGGCCUGCGUGGCCGCAGGCAAUGCUUAACGCGCAGGCAUCUCCACCGCCAUGGCUGCCGCAGAGUUGGGGGGCUCACUCCUGUGGAGAGGCCCCUUGUGUCCACACCCGGCGGCACAGCUCCGGGGUGGGCAUGCUUGGGCCUCACACCUGUCUCCCCGCGGCUGUGUGUCCAACUCCUCACUUGAAGGCAGCAUAUUCCCUCAGGGCUAAUCCAGGUACAGGAGUUUAAGGAGCAUAGGAAGGGAGUAGGUGGAGGAACCUGGUCAGCCAGGAAGGGGAGGAGAAGGGCCUGGAAGCGGUAGCCUACAAAUGACUUGAAACCUUUUUUUUUAACUUGGCUGUUAAAGACUACAACAUAGGAAUGAGGUGGUAGCAUUGUCUCAUGUAAACCUUUGUAAUCGUUGCAUACUAAAGGCUUUUUAUACUUCAAUGAUUGGAGAAAGAAGUAUGUUUUCGAUGCUUACUUAAUAUUUAUAAAUUAUUUUAAACUCACUUUAGUCUGGUUUUCAGUUGUAAAGUGUACUUAUUUUUUGAAAAUAAGCUUUGUGAUUGCCAAAUGUACCUGGCAGGUGAUGGCAUUUUUCCUUGUGAGCUGUUUCCUUGCCUGGGUCCCACUUUGGCAGCCUGCUAUGUCACGACCAUAACCUCGUCCUCGUCCUUGCUGCAUGGCCAGGCACCACCGUCUCUUGCCAUUCCUUCCAUCUUUUCUGUCCACCUUGGCUGUCGCUAUGCAGACCGCCUCCUGCCACCGGUGAGCACUCCACCGCACACUGGACGCCAUGGGUGCAUUUCUGAGGACCUCUGCUCCGGACUGCCACACAGACCUGCCAUCGCCUCGGAGAAGCUGCUCACCCCCGGGCACUGCUGAGAGUGGGUGGGCAGGCGGGUGGCAUCACGGGGCAAGGCCGCUUUCUCGAGCAUUAAGAGAAAAGCUAACGGUCCGUGUGGGGACAUUUUUCCAUUUUAGUGACAAUGUCGACGGUCUGAGACAGCUCUCUCCCCUUGUCAUCCUGUAUUUGUUUUUACUGUACCAGGUGUUAUUUAUUGCAGCCGACGUGAGUUUCCAGGUGCUGGGGUGUGAAAUGGUGGACCCGGAAAUUAGAGUGUUUAAAGAAGGCGGCCACCUUUUGACCGCCUUGCGGUGCCUGAGCCGCCUCCCUUUCUCCUGCUUUUUCAGCAGGAAGCUGAAACAGGAAUUUUUAAAGAACGUAUUUUCUCUUUCACUCCACCUAAAUGUCUGCUUUUAAAAUAGGGAAUGAGAAAAUUCACACGGGGCUUUCAGAGUCAUUUUGGAAUUCCAGAUUCCAGACUCUUUGAAAUGAGGGGCACCUGGGUGAUUUUUGAACUACCCUCUUGGCCAGAGGUUCUCACAGUGCGGCCUUGGGAACAAGGUGGAAAUGCAAGUUCUCAGUCCACCCAGGCCUUGCAGAGCAGCUCCUGCCCUGGGCCGGGUGCAAACACCUUUUUAGUAAUAGUAUUUUUAUUAAAAUAUCAAGUUGAUGUUUAUUAACAUAAAGCUCACAGUCAUAUUUCUGAACUGCAUGACAUGUAAGAAAUCAGGGUGGAAAAUGUCAAAAUUGUCUCUGUCCCCAGGGCCGCCCAGCGCUGUGCCACUCUGGCAAAGGUGCUGAGGGGCGGGGCUGCUGCUGGGAGAUCAGAUUCCAGGAGCCUGGCUUCCUUAGAGGGUCCAUCACCUGCCAUUACCUUCCAGCUCCUUGCCUACGCUCAGGCCUCAUGUGCCCUGUCCCCUCCUGUGCUGUGGUGGUCGUGCCUGCUCUGAAAUGUGCAAAGGCCCAUGACAUCAGACAUGUUACUGUGUGUCCAAACUGCUCCGCGCUCCUGUGACGCAGUCAAAUACCAUGCCAGCGCGUUCUAGUGCAAUCUGACGUGUGGUGACGAUGGAAUAAAGUGCUACCUUGAUUA